AUGGACGGAAGAGGAGGUUGUUGCAUAGUCAGAAACUCAACUGGUGCAUAUGAUAAGUCAACCAUGGAAAGAAUAAUGCUUAGAUUUCGCCCUAUCGCUCCGAAGCCUUCAGUAGCCGGAACCGGAAACACCGCUUCUGAAGGCUCUUCAACGGAGAGCGGUGAUGCUUUUUACAAAGCCGGCAGAGCUAGAAGAAAGUACGUUAAACAAAGUAUUACAACUGAGAAACGAAGGAUCCGCCGGAAGAAAACCGUUUAUUCAACGGAAAAUAAGCAUCCGGUGCCGGUUACUCUUCCUUUACUCCCGGAAGCACCCGAUCCGAAGGAAUCUCCGGCGAGAGAUCUAACCCUAACGGCAGAAAGUAAAAACAUGCCACAGUGUCAGUGGCUGAGUUUCGAGAACCACGACAAGGUAGUAACGAUGGAUCCGGUUACGAAGUGCUAUUAUUCGAGCGUGACGGUGGAGUGCGUGAUGGACGCGUGGGUGGAGGGUGAGGGUUUAGGGAGUACGGACGAAGAAAGGAGAAUGAAGAUGAGCAUGGACACGUGUCCGGGGUUUAUAUCGGACGGUUACGGGAGAGUGACGUGGACGAACGGAGCGUAUAGGGAGAUGAUGGGUGAGGGAGGUGUGGUGUUGUUGAUGAAAGCAAGUGGCGUGGUUCUGUCACCGUCGUUCACGUGUAGGGUUAGAGUGGUGCAGUCUGAAUGUGGGAGCGGAAGGGAGAGAAACUCUCUGACGCUCCCUUGUGAUGUGUGGAGAAUGGAUUUUGGUGGGUUUGCAUGGAGAUUAGAUGUUAAAGCUGCUCUUAGCUUGAGAUUGGGUUGCUAA